AUGAGCAGUGACGAAGAAGAAGAAGAACUCGAAUUUUUAGAUGAUUAUUACUAUUCCGACGAUUACGAUGAUGAUGAUUCCCUGGAUGAUUUUGGUGACGAAGAAGAAGAAGAAGAAGAGGAGGAGGAUUCAACACAACAACCGAUCCAUUUUCGUGAAUGUCUCCGUUUACUUGAUGCAGCAUUAACAUCAAAUAAUCCACCUAUUCUUCCACGAUGGUGUACAAGUGAGCAUAUUAAUAUACUCGAAGAUCCAAUGCUGUUAAUUCACGGUCACGAAAAAUGUCUUUCAUUGCCUAUGAAUAAGAAAGACGUUCGACGGUUUAUACGACAUGCUGAACCAUUAGAUAUGAUCAUUGAUAUCGUUGAUGGAAUUUCUUUUCCAUCAUCUGCUCAUCAGAUACCAGCAAAUGCAUUCAGUAUUCUCAAUCAACGCUGGUCAACCAAAAUUGAACCCUAUCUAAAACGUUCAUGCAUCGGACCAGCACUUCAACUCGAUCACAAUCAACUCGAUAUCAAAGUUUCCAACUUAGUUUUACUCGAACCAUGUCAAUUUCCACGACAGUUUCAUUGGUCUGUAGAACAACAACAUUCAGGCACAAUAGCUAAACUAUUUCUCAGUUUACCAUCAAUUUACAAGGGUGGAAAAGAAACAAUUGUACACUAUAAGGAAAAGCAUGUUUUCGAACUCUUAUCAAACACUUAUACAAUUGUUCCGACGAGUAGUGAAUGCAAACACGAAAUUGAUUUUAUAUCACAUGGAUAUAAAUUAGUAUUAGUCUAUGAUAUUAUUCCGAUGACACCCACGAUCUUUUACAAUGUUGAUAUUAACGAAGCAACAUUGACACGUGUUGGACGAGUGUUAGAAACAUGGAUGAAUGGAUUAGAACAUGAAUAUCAUAGUUAUUCCUCAAAAAUCAUUGUACCGUUUUCUGACACGUUUCAUGUUGGUCAUAAUCCACUUCUUCAUGGUAUCGAUCGAGUUAUUGGAACUGUUCUUCGACGAACGAUUGAACAUCACUACUCCGAACACUUUCUACUCUAUCAAGGUCUUAUACAACCAAAUCGAUCGAAUGAUGGUACCGUACAUGCCUGUCGUUUACUGACAGAUUUAAAACUGAUGAGCAGUAAUAAUGGCAAUAUGUCGACGACGCUUUUUAAUCAAAUUGAUUUAUGUCUGGGAAAUUGCAAUGAAACUUAUUCCGGUAAUGUCUUCGUCAGAAAAACACGUUCUGAACAAGGGCAGUUGGUUUCCUUGGAGCAAUUUACUGUACCGAUUUGGUGCCUUGUUCCUAUGAAUGAAAAAUACAAUCUAUUGAUUGACAACAUUCCACGUGUUCUAUCUCAUCUCGAACAGAAUCUUCUUCCUCAUCAUCAACAUCAUCAAACAGAAAUUUUUUUACUUAUUGAUUGGUUAUUAACAACUACGAAGAAGAUCAAUUUCAAUACGAAAUCACUUCUUCAUCAUUUACUUCGUCUUUCGACAGAUCCGACGAUCACACAUCAUUUUAGUAUGAUUAUUCGACAACUACUUGAACAUAAAAAGUUUCACGAUCAAUUCUUUCCAAUGAUCCUCAAACAAGAAUAUGACGAUAUCGUUUAUCUUCUAAAUUAUUCUAAAGACGACAAAAUUCAAUUAUAUAUUCAUCAAGUUUUUCAAACUGUUCUUAAACGUCGUUCACGCGAUUCCGAACGAAUUCGAGAUGCUAUUAAAUUCAUCGGCACGUUAUCCACACGUAAUAUCGAUCCAAGCUUUUUGCUUGUUCUCACUCAUGAAUUACUUUCAAACGUAUUGAAGCCAAAUAGUCCGAAACUAUCCAUGACGGAUCUUUCUAACCUCUUGGCACUUUUAUCCAUUUCAAUGGAUUCGUACGAGCUAUCAUGCCAAAUCAUUUCUCAGCAAAUCAUUCAACAAAUUAAAAUAACAACAACAGCCAUGACGAUAUCGUCUACAAUUACCAAUCUCUUACGAACAGUUCUUGUGCCAACUCUGAUUCAAAUCUAUCGGCAAUUUGCAGAUACAAAUUAUUUCUAUGGAAAACGAAAACGUGAUUCAACAGUAUACUUUCCUCCGUGGUUUUUAUCGCUCUAUCGAACGUGUCUUACAUUAUUGAACGCUUAUUGCAAUAGUUCUCCAGCCAUUCCUACUUACGAUAAUCUUUCCAAUGUUCUUCAUACACACUGUAGUUGUUCAGUUUGUGAACAGUUGUUUGUUUUUCUUCAAAAUUCGAAAUUAUUCGAACAAACAUUUCUUAUUUCGAACGAUAAAAUUUAUCAUUUUAAUAUGACUGUAAAUACGUUUACACCGUUAUUUAUUACGGCAAAACCCAUGACGUCAGAUAAAUGCAAUCAUCAGAUACAUAUUAUGAAAAUGUCUACCUACGACGAAGAAAUAUGGCGUGAAAAUAUUCUUCUUCGCUCAUUAUUAGCUCAUAUUCAAUUAUCGAAUUCCAGUGAAGAUCAAUGUGAAAUGGCGAAAACUAAUAGUAAACGUUUCAAAUCAUCAUAA